UGUUAUCAUACCUAAGAGGUUCUCUCACUUGUCUCUCUCAGGACACAGUGGUGGCUCUCCAUGCUUUGUCCAAAUAUGGAGCAGCUACGUUCACCAGGACUGGAAAGGCUGUACAGGUGACCAUUCAAUCUUCAGGGACAGUUUCCACAAAUUUCCAAGUGGACAACGACAACCGCUUGCUCCUGCAGCAGAUUUCAUUGCCAAAGGUGCCUGGAGAUUACAGCAUGACAGCAACAGGAAAAGGGUGUGUCUACCUCCAGACAUCCUUGAAAUAUAAUAUUCUCCCCCAAAAAGAAGAGUUCCCAUUUGCUUUGGGGGUACAGACUCUGCCCCAAACUUGUGAAGGACCCAAAGCCCACACCACCUUCCAGGUCUCACUGAAUGUCAGGUAAGACUUUCUGACUGAAUCACUUAAUUCUGUGUAUAACAACCAAUCUUCUUACUGGAACUCCUCACUAAGCCAAGGACUGAGAUGGUGAAUGUUUGUACUACAUUU